UUGUUUCUUCUUCUGCGGGGCAAGGUUCGUACCGUGGUUUGCACAUCUAGCACUGUACUAUUAAAGUAACAUGGCCUAUUCCGCUAAAAUCGGUCCGUCCAUUCUGAACAGUGACUUAUCAUGUCUCGGGGCUGAAUGCUCCCGAAUGAUGGACUGCGGCGCAGACUACCUCCAUCUCGACGUAAUGGAUGGGCAUUUUGUGCCAAACAUCACAUUUGGUCAUCCAGUUGUGGAGUGUCUGAGGAAUCAGCUCGGUCCAGAGCCUUUUUUUGACAUGCACAUGAUGGUGGCCAGACCAGAGCAGUGGGUUCAGCCUAUGGCUACAGCUGGAGCCAACCAAUAUACCUUCCACCUGGAAGCCUCCGACAACGUGGGAAAUCUUAUCAAGGAGAUUCGACACGGCGGCAUGAAGGUGGGCCUGGCCAUAAAGCCUAAUACCACAGUAGAGGAAAUGGCUCCAUGGGCUGGGCAGAUAGACAUGGCACUGGUUAUGACAGUUGAGCCUGGCUUUGGAGGCCAAAAGUUUAUGGAGGACAUGAUGACCAAGGUGAGUUGGCUGAGGAGUCAGUUUCCAUCCUUAGACAUUGAAGUGGAUGGAGGUGUGGGUCCCGAUACCAUUCACAAGUGUGCAGACGCUGGAGCAAACAUGAUUGUUUCAGGCAGCGCUAUCAUGAAAAGUGAAGACCCACGCUCUGUUAUCAGCUUGCUCAGAAAUGUGUGCGCAGAGGCAAUUCAGAAGAGGUCACUUGACCGGUGAUUUUCUGCUGCAAAAGAACUAUGGUGUGGUUUGCUUUAGAAAGUGAAAUGUGGGCCAGCUAAUCCCAACAAACCCCAAUGAAUUUCAGAAUUCCAUGUUCUAAUUCCACCUCGCCCCGAUGAUUAAGGCAAUUAAGUUAAACAUUCCAGAAAUGUGAGAGUGAAUGUGUGAUCAUUAAUGCUGUAAGGCACAAAUAAAUGCUUCUCACUUAACAC